AUGAUUUGGUAUCUCUUGUAUCCUUUGCGAGGAACGACGGAAGCUCCAGCCCUUGCCACGAACCAUCCUCUCCGCCGAGCCUUUGCGCGAUACGGUCGAUAUGCCGCGAGACACGUAGUCACGACUCUCAUCAUCUCUGUCACCGUCGCCGCGAUCCUUAUAUACCCCUUCCCGUUCCUCUACACCUCAGAUCUGAGCAAUGGCGCCUCCAACUUGCCCCAUCAUGUGUGGACUGCUGCGCAGCCGCUCAAGGAGAACAGCACCGAAUCCGACGUCAUAAUGCGAUCCAUAUGGGUUCACGGCAGCUAUAUGAAAGCAUUGGACCGCGACGUACUGCUAGGCGCGCUUGAAUUGCAGGAUGAGCUGCUGGGUCCCACCAAAGAUUUCAGCCCACGGCGGCCCGUAACGUCCCUCCGGGCCCACGAUCCGUAUGCAGAUCUUGCCCCUCGAGACCGGGAUGCAUUCCACGUCGUCAAUGGCCUCACCAACCAGUCGUGGUUCUUCUCUUCGCCACUUCAGUACUGGGCCUGCUCCAAUGAUCGCAUAGCUUCCGAUUCAGACAUAAUAUCAACCGUCAAUGCGCGGAAGACACAACCGACCUCAGUCAAUGUCACUCUACGACACUCAAUCGUCUUUAGCGGCAAGCGCUUCGAAGAUCGGAAACUUCUUGCCGCCGAUGCCCUUGUCAUCACAUUGAUCCACUUGCGCGAUUCACCGGUCGGUCGCCAGUGGGAGAGAAAGGCCGAAGCGCUCGCGAAUCGGAUGAAGGACAAGUGGACAGCCUACCCAGCCGACGGGAGAAGCAUGUCGAGCCAGCUGUACGAAUUUCAAUUCAUGCCCAUUUCCGUGCAAGACACAGUAAUUCUGGCGUUGGCAUACGGCCUAGUCGCAAUUUAUUUUCUGUACAGCCUCUCCAAGCUGAGGCGGGUCAAAUCCAAGUUCGGCCUGAUAGUUACAGUCUUUGUCCAGAUUGUCGUAUCUAUCAUGUCGAGCUUUACAGUCUGUGCCGUUUUCCGGGUGGACUUGUCCGGAAUUCCGCAAGCGGCAUAUCCGGUCGUGGUUCUCUCCAUGAGCCUCGAAAACAUAUUCAGACUUAUCAACGCCGUCAUCUUGACUCCCUCGGAGAACAGCACGAGUAGUCGAAUUAGCCGUGCGUUUGGAGAAACAGCACAUGUUGCGCUAGCCAGUUCGGCACAAAACGUACUCAUUCUAUGGGGACUGUCCAAACUGGUCUCACCGGGCGUAUCCGCCUUUUGCACAUUUGUGGCCGUUGCUAUUGUGUUUGACUUCUUUUACUCAUCAACCUUUUUCUUGGCGGUUCUCAGUGUCGAUGUGCGACGCACAGAACUCAGUGACGCGCUUGCCAAAGCAUCACUGAAGAACAAGAGGUACGGGCAGGAGCAGCAGCCAGCGAAUAGGAGCUGCUUCGAGGCAAUGCUGCAGGGCAAGAUUGCCCUGUCCACGCGUAUCGCAGGCACUGUCAUCAUGAUCACGUUCGUCUUGAUUGUCCAGUGGCAUUUUUACGAGAAUGACACUUUCGUCCGGCUGGCGCGCGGAAUUUUCAGGAUCUCCAGAGACACAGUCAGCUUCAGCCAACCGAAGAACUCUAUGCUUCUCGACAUUCACCAGGCACGAAGCCCAACAUCUUGGCUUCGGCUUCAAGACCACGAAAGCGCUCGCGAGGUUAUCAACGUCAUCAAGCCCAGAUCCCACAGUUACAUCGCUCGGGUAUAUGACCCUCUAGUAUUCGUCCUUAAGGGUGCGGAUCGGACACCCGUAAUGCCCGAGCGUCCACUACUCCCGGCUCUCUACGACUUCAUCGAUCAUCACCUGAAGCACUUUCUCGUCACUGUGCUAUUCAUUCUAUCUGCCGUCCGUCUUCUCAUGAAUUACCUACUAUGGGGAGACGAUGCUGAGUCGAGACGCAAUGACGACAUGGGAGAUCAACCCCUUUUGGCUAUUGAAUCUCUACCCGAGGCCCAUUCCCUGGACAUCGCUCUCAUGUCUUCGUCAUACGACGGGCACAUUAUUUCCGUCGGUCUGGACCGCUCGAUUCGUGUUUGGGACGUCAGAUCUGGCGUCAGAGACUACUCGCUAGCCGACAUCGAAGCACCCCCCGAAGACCCAUUUCCGGUGUUGGCAGUUGCUACUGACAAGAAGUCUAGCUGGUUAGCCUUGCUGUCUUCUCACAAGGUUUUCCUAUGGAACUUGGUUGAGCAUCGAUGGAGUCAGCCGAUCCCGGUUGAUCUGAAAAAUCAGAGGCCUGAGAAGCCUGAGGGAUUCUUCUUCGGUACGCCGACUUUUGACUUCUCAAGCCCACUCGUCAUUGUGCGACGAAACGGAACAAUGAUACAGAUCAUUCCCGGUCAAAAUGAGCCGAUGGAAUUCUCCAUCUGCAAGAGCUCUUUGGUCUCGGUUCGCCCACUGGUACAGAAGAUCGCCCCCGGUGGCACUUCGCAACUGUCUAUCCUGACAGCGUCGAGAAAAGGCUGUAUACAUGUUGCGACACAGCAGCGGGACGACUCGUGGAUCUCACAGAGUCUCGACGUGCACACAGCCGAAGACCGCGGGGCAUCCCAGGUAGUGGCACUGUCGGCACUGGGUUCGUUCCUUGUGGCUAGGUCUCGCACAGUUGAUCUUGUCGAUGCAAAAACGAAGGCGCUGCUUCACACCUUUGAGACGGAUUCGAUUCAGCCGCGGUCCUUGAGAUGUUUUCACUCGUCGCGAAGAAAACCUCAAUGUGGUUCAAUCGGACUUGUGUCAUUCGGUAUCGCAUACACCCAUGCGGAGAAAGGCGACUGCGUCAUUCACACCUUCACACCCAAAGAAGAGGGCAACGUUAUUUGCUUCCGCAAUACGAGUUCACCGCCCAGUCGCAGCUGUAGUGCAUGGGCCGAGACAAUCGAGUCGAAGCGGGAGAUCAGCAAUCCGGGGACAUGGGAAGCUCUGCCAAAUGGGUUCCUCGUGGGUGUCCGGAGAGAAGUGUACGAUAGCGGGUCGAGCAGUGGCGAGUCGUCUCCGACAACAACCGGAGGUCUCCGUCACAGGAUGUAUCAACGAUUAGAGAAGCGACCGAGCAGAUCGCAGGACAAUUGGGAGGUCUGGGUGGCUUCAGAACUGGGGCGGGAGGAAAUCUACGAAACCAGGCCACUCCAUGAAGAGUACGAGAUAGGCUCGCAUCUCAUCAUUCCGGACCUGGGUCCCAUCGUCAAGGUCGGCACGGCAUCAGUGGCUGUUGCCUUCGGUAACAUUAUCAAACUGAUCACGGUUGGACACCAGCAUUUCGAGGACCUGGCCGAGAACGAGAACGGGGAGUCUCUGCACAUUGGCAGCCGACGACGGAAACCGGCAGCUGUUACGCAUGCCCGGAUGAAGGUCCCGUCAUGGAUUUGA